AUGACCGUCUCUGCUUCUAUCACCUCCUCCUCGUCCGACUUGGCCACCGAGUCCGCUCGCUCGCUCUAUGAGAAGCUUGUUGUUCUUCUCAAGGACAUCUCCCACAUCAACGGGAUCUCCAGCUUGCUUGGAUGGGACCAAAUGGUCAUGAUGCCCAAGAAUGCCGAGGAUGCUCGCGCCAACCAUAUGAGCGUUUUGGAUGCAACCAUCCAUGACAUGGAGACCUCGCCCAUAUUGGGAGCGCUCCUGGAGGAAUGUGAGCGUCGCCGAUUGGCCGGAGAGUUGUCGAACGAGUUGAACCCCUACGAGCUGGCUAACAUCCGUAUCGCCCUCAAGUCCUACAGACAGGAAACCCUCGUGCCUAAGGAUGUCGUCCGAGCCCUUGCAACCUCGACCGCCAAGGCCAACGGUGCCUGGAAGGAGGCGCGCGAGGCGUCGGACUGGUCAAAGUUUGCUCCUUUGUUGGAGGAGCAAGUCAUGCUUACUCGCCAGAAGGCCGCCUACAUGAUCAACGGUGGCGUCUGCGAGGAGGCGCGCAAGAUCAACCAGAAGGCGCGUGCCGCGCAGGGUCUUUCGGAUGAAGACGAGUGCUACAAAGGUUACUACCAGGUGUUGGUCGACAAAUUCGAAUCCGGGUUCAAAGUUGAUCGUCUCCAAGUGUUGUUUGCAGAUCUGAAGAAGGAUCUCAUCCCCCUCAUCGCCAAGAUCAAGGCCAAGAACUUCCAGCAUGAGAACGGGUUCCUCAAGGGAGAUUUCGAUAUCAAGAAGCAAGCCGAGUUCUCGGACAAGUUCCCGACUCGGAUGGGGUUCGAUAUGGAUGCAGGUCGGUUGGACGAGUCAACCCAUCCGUUCUGCAGUAAUGCUCAUCCUACAGAUGUCCGGUUGGCGACCCGAUAUGCUUCGGACAAUUUCCAGGAGGGAAUCACGAGUACCAUCCACGAAACUGGUCAUGCUCUGUAUGAGCAGGGUCGUAACAAGGAGUACGUCGACACCCCUGUCUCGUCGCCACUCUCUGUUGGUAUUCACGAGUCCCAGUCUCUUCUUUGGGAGCGAUUGGUUAUGCUGAGCAAGCCCUUUUGGACAUAUGCUUUGCCCCUCCUCAAGGAACAGUUCCCCGACCGCGAGAACCUCCAGGCUGUGGAUGUGGACCAGUUUUACCUCGCCUUCAACCGUGUCGAGCCCACUCUCAUCCGUCUCGAGGCCGAUGAGGUGACCUACUCAAUGCACAUCAUCCUCCGCUAUGAGAUUGAAAAGGCUCUGAUCGAAGGCGAUAUCCAGGUCGCUGACGUCCCCGCCCUCUGGAACGCCAAGAUGAAGGAGUAUCUCGGUCUGGAUGUCACCGAGGACCGCCUGGGUUGCUUGCAGGAUAUCCACUGGUCCGUCGGCAUCAUUGGUUACUUCCCCACCUACACUCUGGGAUCAAUCUACGCUGUUCAGAUCUACAACCAUGCCAGAGAGGAGAUCCCCGAUUGGGAUGAGCACAUGGCCAAGGGUAACCUGACUGUGUUGAAAGAAUGGUUGAACAAGAAUGUUCACGAGUCGGGAUCGUUGCACGAGUCGGGUGAUGAUUUGAUCUUUGGGUUGACUGGCAAGCCCUUGGAUAGUUCUUUGUACGUCAAGUACUUGACUGAAAAGUAUACUACCAUCUAUGAUCUCUGA